UAAGACUUGUGAAUCUUUUGAUAACAUUGAAGUAGAUGAAAUAGAUGAUAUAUUAAAUAGUGAAACUAUAUAUACUAGUAGAGAAAUCUUAGAUUUAGAAUUUGAAAAUCACACUGGAAACUUGCCUUUGAUCGAUACUCUGUUUGAAAUCAACUUGGGUACUCAGUUCCCUUCCAUGUCUGUUGCAAAAUACACUGUAAAUGAUAUUCUUUCAGAAAAAAUAUUUAAAAAAAUUUCUCAAGAUCAAUUAAAGUCUGGCACUUUGAUGGGUGAGGCAAAAAAAGCAAUUCAAUUUUUAAUUCAAGAUAAUGAUGAUGAACUAAUUCGAUUUAUCAAAGAAUAUAAUAAAAAAAAUAAAGCCCAAAGAAUUGAAGCCGAGAUUCAAAAGUUAAUCAAAGCCAAUCAAUCUUUAACAAAUAAGAUUGAUCUUCAAAGUAAAACUUUUCGUAAAAAGGAUAUUACAAUUCAGCUUUUACGAGAAGAAGUGGUGAUAUUGCAAUUGAAGUUUGAUGAACUUUAUAAAUAUAUGAAUGAUUUAGAAAUAAAAAAUAAUGUUUAUGUUAAAAUAUUUAAAUCUCAAAGUUGUGGACAAAAACUUCAAGUUUAUCCUGAAACCAAUUGCAUUCAUAAAAUCAAGCACCAAAUAGACAAG